AGCAUUUUACCUGGGAAGUAAACGGGAAACUCCAAAUCGGAAGCUGACUUCGGCUUCCUAUAAAGUCCUCCUACGACAAGCCUGCCGCAUAAUUUCCCCUGAACCUCGAGCAGAAGGAAGGAACACGCUUCUCUCAUUCUUAUUUCGCCUUUUAUUUGACCCAGCCUCGAUUAACGCACAAGACUGAUGAUGGCGACUAAAUGUUGGCUGCUUGACCCUCCUGUACUGCUGCUGCUCAUAAUCUGGAAUGAAAGCAUGCAAUGCAAUGGAUUCACAGUUAACCCCCCUGAGAGCAUCUCUGUGACAGACCCUGGUCAUCUUGGACAGCUAGAGAUUACCUGGGACCCUCCAAAAGGCUUAACUGACAUGGCAGAGUGCUCAGUGACCUAUCAUCUGGAGUACUUCAACACCUACAAGAACAGAUGGAGUGCUGUAAGAACCAGUAGGAGAACCUACACCACUCAGUUUGAUCUAAUGAAGAAUGUAGAAGUAAGGGUGUACACCUUGCUGGAUGGGCCGUGCACCAACAACACCGUGAUUAAAAGUAAAAACUACACCGAACUGAUUCAGAAUCCUCCUAACACCGGUGUUACUGGUACCGAAAUCCAGGAUUUUACCUGUGUCUUCCAUAACAUGGAAUACGUGGAGUGCGAGUGGAGAAGAGGUCCAAAGACGCCCGCCAACUCAAAGCAGAAUCUCUAUUACUGGUAUAAAUCUUUGGAACUGGCAAAGGAAUGCCCAAACUAUGUUUUUUUAGAUGGAGUCAGGAUUGGAUGCAACUUCUCAAAGAAAUCACUUCCAAACUUCAUGGAUGUCAUUUUUUGUGUAAACGGCUCCUCGCCUGAAGGACCAUUGAAGACAACUUUUACUUCCUUAAAGAUCCAAAAUCAAGUGAAGCCUGCAGCAACAGAGAAGCUUUAUCUGCAGGCUGGUGGUGAUAAGCUGGAGCUGCAAUGGGAGAACCCUGCAGGGUCAGUACCUGGGCAGUGCCUGGAGUGGCAAGUGGAGCAUAAUCAAGAAGGUCCCAAUGGCAAAAUAUCAAAGGAUGAGACUCUGGUAGAAGACACCAGUCUGGCCUUCCCGUUGAGUACAACUGUUAAGAAAAACUGCUUCAGAGUUCGAUCCAAAAUGAGCAAGUACUGUGUGGAUAAAGGCUUCUGGAGUGACUGGAGUCAUCAAGUGUGCCAUCCAGAGAAAACCGAAGUUCCCCCUGAGCCGUACAGGGUUCCUGUGUACUUGUGCGCUGCUGCUGCCAUGAUCGCCAUGUUGAUGCUGCCUCUGUGUGUGUGGGCAAUGAUCAAAAUGAGAAACUCAAAACAAGAGAAGAAGCUGGACUCCGUGCUGACCAAUCUUUUCACCAAGAGCUCUACGCGUGUUAUCCCAGAUGUCUAAUGUGAGAACAUCUGCCAAAUCUAAGAACACCUGCUGCACUGCUUGGUUUUCAAGUUUUAGCUAUAACAUGUACUAAGAUGUUACUACUCAAAAAUGCCAGGAGUUUCUUUUUUUUUUUUACAUAAUAUUACAGAAAUGCUUGAAUUUACAAACUUUUGUAUGGUUUGUGUGAACCACUUUUGGAGGACACUCCACAGUCACAGUCUUGCCAUUUGACUCCGAAGUUGGUUUUCACCUGUUGUACUCAUUUUACAGUCAGUUAUCCAUUGAAAACUUUUGUACUGAUGUUUCACAAAUUGCAACACAGCUUGCCAAUUUUUUGUUCUUUUUAUUUUAUAGAACUAUAAUACUUUACACUACCUAUAUAUUCCAUAUUUUUAUAAUAAUUUUAUACAUCAUGCUUUUGUAGUUGUUUACUUUGUUGCCUCAACUCUUGCCAGUUAUAGAUCACCAAAUACACUCAUAUUUUUUUUCAUCUAAAAGUUGAAGUGUUUUAUGAAUGGUGGAAGAAUCUGUGUUUUGUCAAAUGUCAUUAUUGCACUUUUAAGUGCAACUAAAAUGUUUAAGUAUUUGUGGAUGCAGAGGUAGAUUUAAGCCGAAAUGGUUACAAGCUGCAAAUCAGACGGGUGUACCAGUGUUUUCAGGCCAAAACCUCGUCUUUUAUUGUUGUUUUUUUAAGUCUAAACAAGCUGCAAAAACGGUUUCUAUAACUUAAACUGUAACUUUGACUACUUUGCAAUACAAGCUAAAAUGCCUCAGCUAAUAACAAUGUUUUUUAAUAUACUUUCUUUUUGGAAUUUGUAGCUAUUACUUGGACAUAAUAGCUUCACUGUUUCGAUGGAUGUAAAUUUCCAUUUUGAGCUUACCUUUAUCAGUUUUUAAGCUUUUAUAUUUGUAGUUAUUUUUUUUCCAUUAUACUAGAGAGAUACAAAGAAAAAAACAAAUUUGCUGACGGAUGGUGGUGUGUUUUUUUUACAGUAUUUAAAUAUGACAUAUAUUCACUUGUUGUGAAAUUUUGUUACCAUCUACUAACCACAAUUAAAGUGACUGAAAUUCAUC